UGCAGCCCCCAAAGGUCUGUUACGACUACGUACUCAUUAGAGACGGAAGUCAUUGAAAUCUUCGACCGGACGCAUUUUACACUCGCAACAAGUUUCCGCUUCGUGCUUUGCUGCUUUCCAUCAAGAGUAUCCUGGAUAAUUUAACACUGCUUUGACAUUUGCACCGCAAAAACAAGUCACGUUAUUCAGUAGAUCGUCUAAAAUUUAUGUAAUAUAUCGCGUAGGUACACAGUUCUUAAUUUCUCACGCUACAUGCGCCAUCCAGCGAAUAGUAUGAUGUUCCUCUUUCGCCAUCGGAAUUUACUGGUAAAUAUCCCGCAGGAAGUAUUUCGUCGUCCUCUCUCGACUUCUGCAGAUAAAUCCCUUUUGUUAAAACUACGAAAAGAUACCGGGUUGUCUUUCGCCGUAUGUAGAGACGCCCUAUUGAAGAACGCCAACGAUUACAAUCAAGCUUUAACAUGGCUCAACGAAGAGGCUGUUCGUAGAGGUUGGGCAAAAGCAGGAAGGCUUUCAAACCGUCUUCUAUCACAAGGGCUUCUCGGUGUACUUUCUGACAAGUCAUGUGCUGUAAUAGUGGAGGUUAACUGCGAGACCGACUUCGUCGCAAGGAAUGACCAAUUUCAAAAUCUUGUCGCAUCUAUCACUGAAACUGUGAUGGCCAGCUUCACAAAAGACCUUCACAAAGACCACUGGACAUCCGAAGAUGUGGGUUCCCUGAUUAUCCCACAAUCUUUACUCAGCAUAAAUGACUCUGUCGCAUCUGUGGUCGGCGCGAUCGGAGAGAAAAUCGCUGUUCGUAGGGCUUUCGGUUUGAGUGCGGUUGAUCUGGAUUCUACCAGCCGUCUCGCAACAUACUCCCAUAUCAGUAGCACAGGCGUCAAAUCUGCUAUUCGAGAUGUCAGGUUUGGAAAGUACGCCGCCGCUGUUCGUUAUCGUCCCGUUGGAGAACAGCUCCCGACUUCGGCGUGGCACGAGCGCGCGGCUCGUUUGGGUAGACAGUUGUGUCAACAUAUCGUCGGCAUGAAUCCCCGACCUGGUCUGGAACUUACCGAACCUGCAAGCGAUCCUGAAGAAGAGCAGUGCUUACUACUGCAGCCAUUCUUUUUAGAUGAAAGCGUUCGCGUGAUGGAUCACCUAGCUCGAAACGACAUGAUCUUGGAGGAUUUUAUUCGUGUUGAAUGUGGCCAGUCGGUGGAUGAUGCUUCUGUUACUGUCUCAGCCAUGUCAUCAUAACGCGUCGGCAAGGAGCUAUUUUGCACUUCUUUGGAAGUUGCUUGGUACCGAUGCUUCACUAACGGAAUACUACCUCCGGUUAUUCCAUCCUAUCUAGUCUUGCGGCUCUAUUGCUAGGAAACUCAGUUUGUGUUAAAUUCGUAUUGUGUAAAUAGUUUGCUUUUGUCAAUACAGCACGUGGUAUGAUCAAAAUUAUAUAAACUUUUUCUGUCUGUUGUUCCCGCAGUAUCGAGAUGACUCCUAAAUAUGGAAUUCCUCUUUAUGAUCAUCGGUUGUCUUAAAACCCUUUAUGCCCUAAUGAUUUAGCAGUAUGGUUUUUGGGUUUCGCCACUUUGUUCGAUUGACCUGACCACUCUGGGCACUGCGUGACUACUGCCCACCAUAUAUUUACCACCGCCUCCUCAGUUCCCCUCUCUGUCCAUGUCUGCUUUAUAUUGAGAUUAUUACCUCAUUUCCACCAAACCGUUGCCAUUUGCGCUUGAUGGUAGCCGCCCGUUGUCAGUCCGCAUAUACCAGCUUUGUAUUUGCUAGUUCUGCUACUCGUCAGGUGUGUGCGGUAUUGAAAUGCUUUAUCUGUGUUUUUUUUUGAGAAAUCAUUUUUCUUCCUCUGUCGUCAAGGUUGUAUUCUCACCCUCGGUUUCCAUUCACCCAUAUGUAAAGCCA